GAGUGUGAGAGAGGGAUCGGCGGCAGCCGACGCCGUUUGUGGCUUUCGGCCGAGUCUGCUCGGCUCUGCUCGCUCAGUCGCACUCGAACCGCGCAUCGGUCAGGGUCGCGCGCGCGUCACCCUCCGCUCCGCGCGACGAGCUACCCCUUUUCAUGUCGGCGCGUAUGCGUGUCGUUCUAUACUCUGUGGAUCUACUACCCGCACGAUACCACUAUGGAACAUGCGUUGUUUACCGACGACUCUUCCUGUUAAACACGCCCGGUGAAUAAACCAAUAAGUACGUCAGACUUUGCCUGAUUGAAAUUGGAAUUCUCUUGAGCUCGAAGAAAGAAAGAUAAAUCCGUGUUCCGCGACUCCGAUUGGAUGUUUCAAAGACAUCUUUAUUGAUAAAUCUAAAGUUAUUCAACGGAAUGACAGUGUGAGAUGUCGAAGUGUCACUCGAGUGUCGUCGGUGAUACUUGAGAACAAUUUUUUCUACUCAACUUUCUACGUGUAUUUGGUUUUAUCAAGGAAAUCAGUGACACACCGUUAGAAACUUCUCACCCUUUUAAUACUCGUCGGAGAUACCCGUUGCCCUGGACCAACUAUUCUUUUCCAAACAACUUUGGAUUGCCUGGGCAAGCCCUUCGUCAAGGAUAAUGUCGCAAUAAAACUGAAUAGGUUGAAACGCGUUAGCUGUUAGCUGCUAUCGGCGGAAAAUCAGCAGUUCGCGGUUACAAGUAUGCCAGGGACAUGCUCGAUGACCGAACCGAUUCAGGAUCGGCAAUAGUUAGUGAUGAGGAACGUCUCGUUGGUGGUGCGUCCAGGUCGAUGACCCAGGUCGUCGGUGACAUGUCGAUGUUUGCUAUAGUUUUGGAUUUAGCUUCGCUUCGAAGACUACUCAUUGCCGUCUUUAUCCUGUCAUCGUUACCGUGCUACCGAUGCUUGGAUCUAGGACAAUGCACCAACGCUCUGGGCAUGGAGAGCGGUGAAAUCCCCAAUGAAGACAUCACGGCCAGCUCCAUGUAUGACCCUAGUCUUGGGCCGAAGCAUGCGAGAUUACGGCAGGACAAAGGAGGCGGUGCGUGGUGCCCAAAGAACAUGGUAACGAAAGAAGGCAAGGAGUAUCUCGAGGUGAACCUUCAUAGUCCUCGCGUGCUUAUGUCAGUCAGGACUCAAGGUAGAUUCGGAAAUGGUCACGGCGUUGAAUACACAGAGGAAUACUUCGUCGAGUAUUGGCGUCCGGGGUUCAACAAGUGGGUGCGAUGGAGAAAUCGACGUGGCACUGAGCUCCUAGCGGGUAACAACAAUCCGUACACCGAGAAAGAACAAAUCUUCGAUCCCGCCAUCGUAGCGACGAAAAUCCGUUUCAUACCCUAUACCUCUCAUAUGCGCAUGGUGUGCAUGCGCGUCGAGCUUUAUGGUUGCCCAUGGAUCGAGGGUCUGGUCUCGUAUUCCAUGCCCCAAGGAAUAAAGAGGGGUUCGGAGGUUGACCUUUCCGACAGAACAUACGACGGCAGCGAGGAAGGAGGUUACCUCUCCGGGGGACUUGGUCAACUUGUCGACGGCCAGAAAGGUCCUGACAACUUCAGAUUGGACAUCAGUGGGAACGGGAAAGGAUAUGAAUGGGUCGGAUGGAAGAAUGACACGCCAAAUAUGUUGGGCAAACCCGUCGAGAUAACGUUCGAGUUCGAUUACUCAAGAAACUUCACUGCCAUACAUCUUCACAUGAACAAUUAUUUCACCAAGGACGUGCAGGUAUUCUCCUACGCGAAGGUUUAUCUCGGCGUCGGUGGAAACCAGUUUAACGGGGAACCUGUCCAUUUCUCUUACAUACCAGACCUGGUGUUGGAGCAAGCCCGCGAGGUUACUAUAAAGCUUCACUCGCGUGCCGCUCGCUUUCUCAAACUUCAACUAUAUUUCGCGGCACGGUGGAUCAUGCUCAGCGAGGUAAUCUUCGAAUCAGUUCUUUCGGAAUGGAACAACACUGACGACGAGGAAGCCAAGAACAAAAGUUCCAUUGUACUGGCGACUGGCAGCCCCUAUCAGAAUAACGAGGGUCCGUUGCAAAGGGACGAAGUGAAGGCCACUUUUAAUAAGGAGGAAAACAACGAUAACGCCUUUCCAGAUAAGAAACAAGAGCCUGAGACAAAACAGUUUGUCGGUUUGGUCAUUGGAAUCUUAACAACGGUGAUCAUAAUGCUACUGGCGGCCAUCAUGUUUAUAUUCUAUCGGAAUCGUAGACUCAAAGCUGCUCUUGCACCGUCAACAUUUUACGAUCAACAAGCCGAUCUCAAGGUUUCAGUACAGGAAGAGAGCGAGGACAAGGGACCAAUUUGCCCCCCUUUACCGGCCCAAUACCAUCCCUCUGCCUACAACACGACGACACAGCUUCACGAAACUAUCGGCAAUUACACAGGUGUUACCGAGGUGCAACCAGUCGUUCCACUCUUACUGAAUACACCGAUCGAGCAGCUCGCCAGGCCAAUCCCAACGGUUCAAGAAUAUCCAGCCAAUAAUC